AAUCUCUCCAUAUGUUUUAGUGUUAACGCCUUUGUAAAGCCUUACCAAUUAAAGUUAUUUAUUCAUAGAGUUACCGUUUUACAAUUGAUUUAACAAUGUUAAUAAAUGAGCUUCCAGAUGAUUGUUUGUUGAAUAUUUUUGAUUACAUUCAAGAUUUAGAAGAUCUAAUAAACUGCUUCAAAGUUUGCGAAAAAUGGAGUAAUUUGAUUGUUGUCCGGACUAAAAAAGUUAAAUAUUUUAUUGACCAACCAAAUUCGCCUGAUUCUGUUUCUCAACAAUCAAAUAAGCCAAUUGAUGUAGCAUUUUUGAGUAAAUGGUUCCCAAAUUUAAGGAUUUUAGACUUUUCACACCCAUUUUUUGAAAAAACACCAAAGGGAGAUAUCGCUGAACUAUCCACAGACGACUUAUCCACAGCAUUUAAUCAUUUAGUCAGAAUGUUUCAAAAUGGGAUUGACGACUUAAACUUAUUAUCCCUAGCUGAGAAAAAUCACCAAUCGAAAAACUUUUCAGUGACUCAGAAUCCUUGAAAGGAAUAAUCUGUGGGGAAUAUUUUAAUUUCAAAUCGAUGCCUCAAAAAGAUAACCUCGAAAUGCUAUCUCUCGGAUUUAUUAAUCCGAACAGAAUUGUAAGCAAUGAAACUGUGAAACAAUUGAACCUUUGGAACUCUUCUCUAGAUGCAUUCAAAAAAGUGGCCCAUUAUUUUCCGAAUCUUGAAAGGGUGAAAAUUUCUAAAGGAAGCGCAGAACAUUACUCUAAUGGUCCAGUUAUGAAAAAUCUUAAGAUAGUUGAACUGGCUGGGUCUUCUUCUCGUUCGCAUCAUAUAUUUUGCAGUUCAUUUCUAUUCAUGGAUUUGUGUCCAGCAUUACAGAGUGCUCAUAUCAAAAUUGAUUGCGGUCCCAUUCUCACCCAUUAUUCAGUAAAAAAUGCAAACUUACAAGAUUUGGUUAUACAAUUUUUUAGACCAAGAAAAUGGAAGGAACUACCCAUGUUCAUGUCGAAGUAUCCAAAUCUAAAGCAUUUGUCAUUGCGAAAUGAGUAUUUAAGUGAUGAAGACAUCAAGCAAUUAAUAUC